UUCAAACCAACUUUAUUCAGUGACGUUUCAUCCGGGUCUGUAUGUAUGCAUCUGUAUGAGCUCUUGCUGGCGGUUGAGAAGCCACUAGCUAAUCAAAUCGACGCAAGUGUCUGGCUUCACCUCUUUUUUUUUUGUUUUGUUGUUUUUUAAAUCAGAAUAAUGUUAAGUAACCACUAGCACUACAGCAUUGCUAGCAUGCGAGUUAGUCAAGAUUAUUCACACGCAAAUACUGACUGGGCUGACUCUAUAUAAUUCUGUUUGGUUUUUGUUUUUUUAAAACUGAAAAACAGCACACAAUUUAAAAUGUGUAUACACUGUGUUAUCUGUAAACCGAUCCCAGCCACAAAGGACCAAACUUUAAAAGUGAUUGAUCGAGUAUUCACUUCCGACAUCAGCGUGCUGUGACUGACACCCUUUCAUCCAAUCACAAACGAGAUUGUAAAGUCAAGUUCGCCACCGAAGGGAAACGUUCAGACGCACAGCCAAUGGGAGCGCCUGAUAUAUAAUAGAGGCGGGUCGAAACUCUUGUCAUUGUCCUAUAAACUAUUGCGUUUGCGCCUGCAGUGACCUAGCGCCCCGCCCAUGACUUCCAUUUCUGUUCUGGAUCACACGGCGCAAAGCGAAUAAUACACAUUUGGGGUUUUUUUUUUCUUCCCCCUGAAUAAUAUUGAUGUGACUGAUAAUUAUAGCGAACACGAGUCCUUCCUGGUCACAGCACGGAAGAUAGUUGAAUUGGUCUAGCGAGUAGCAGUGAGUUAUUUCUUGUAAGCGGAAAAGGUUUGAACCUUUUGUGAAGGAAACGGGCCUCUUUAUUCCUCUUUUUAACUUUAGCGGGGUAUUUUCCGCCGUUUUUUCCCCCUCCACCUUCUGCCCCUCGCGCUCUCCAGCGGUGUGAGUAGAAGCACGAGGCGCGCGCGGAGCGGCGGGAAUCGGCCCGAUGGCGGAGUUCGGUAAUGGAUUGGCGGAGGAAUCUCUGCUCGACUCAGACCCCGGUCACCCAGAGCUGGAAGAUCCGGGUGUUGGAGACGAAGAACCGGGUUUAGAUGAAGGAGAGGCCGCUAUUGAAGACCCGGAGCUGGAGGCCAUUAAAGCCCGGGUGAGAGAGAUGGAGGAGGAAGCAGAGAAACUGAAGGAGCUCCAGAACGAAGUGGAGAAACAGAUGAACCUUAGUCCUCCUCCUGCUGGUCCUGUCAUCAUGUCCAUUGAAGAGAAGAUCGAAGCAGAUGGAAGAUCAAUUUAUGUUGGAAAUGUGGAUUAUGGAGCAACAGCCGAGGAGCUUGAAGCUCAUUUUCACGGCUGUGGCUCUGUUAACAGAGUCACUAUCCUGUGUGACAAAUUCACAGGACACCCGAAAGGGUUUGCAUAUAUUGAGUUUGCAGACAAGGAAUCUGUUAGAACAGCAAUGGCACUGGAUGAGUCCUUAUUCCGAGGAAGGCAGAUAAAGGUUGGGGCUAAGAGAACGAACCGACCCGGUAUCAGCACCACAGACCGCGGGUUUCCACGGGCCCGAUUCCGCUCACGUGGAGGAAGUUUCUCGUCUCGGGCUCGGUAUUACAGCGGAUACACACCACCCAGAGGAAGAGGACGGGCCUUCAGGUUUCAGGACCAGUGGAGGCUGAGUACUCCUCCUCCCCCUGUGGCUGCAGCGCCCCCUACAGUCUCACCAUCGUCUCUUUCUCUCUCUGCUCCCUCUAUCCCUCUAUCCACACUCAUGUGGGGGGGUGGGGGUGGGGCACAGGGUGAUCCCCGGCCCAUUUACUACAACAACAAACGUUGAACACGCUCACUAACACACACACACACACAUAUACACACACGCACCCACACACCCUACCACCACCACAUAUUUAUAUAGCGUGAGCAAAGCAGCUGGUUAAAAUGGGAGAGAAUGAGACGGUGAGGACAAGAACAGGUUAAAGGUUAAAAGGGAGGGAUGCAUUUCUAGAGCGCUAGAGGACUGAUCCUGGGAAUUUAAGGCUAUUUAAGAAAGAAAGGAGCAAAGCUUUUAUUUGUUGGGAGGGAGGGGGUUGUGUGAGGAGGUUUUUUUCCCUUGGGGGUUUUUUGUUUUGUUUUUUGUUUUGAGACGGGGAAGUGGGUUUGGGGGUGGGGGGACGUUUGGCUUUUUUUAUUUUUUAACCCAUGAGUCUGUAAUUAGAAAAAAAAAAUAAAAGAUUGUAAAAAUGAAA